AUGAUCAAACAAGAUAAUCAAGGCUCACUGCCACAAUCACCUCAGUUGCAGUCUUUCGGACAGAGAUCCUCAGACCAGGCCACCGAGGACAACUUCUUGAGACGUCUCGAGGCAUUGGGUGCAACCGCUCCCAAUGACACGGUGAGACGCGACUUUCUCGUGAAGGAGGUGCCAGCCAUCAACAAGCUGUUCACCAGGUUCCUCAAGAACAGAAAGAAGGUCAUCGACUGGGAGAAGAUCAGACCACCUCCCACCGAGAUGGUGCUCAACUACAAGGAGUUGCCACAGUGCUCUCAUGAGCGUCGUACAAGCCUCGCCGGAAAGCUUGCCGUUCUCAAGCUCAACGGUGGACUCGGAACAACAAUGGGUUGCACUGGUCCCAAGUCUGCCAUUGAGGUCAGAAGUGACAAGACCUUCCUGGAUCUGACAGUUCAACAGAUCAAGGACAUGAAUGAGCACUAUAACAUUAAGGUGCCAUUGGUACUGAUGAACUCGUUCAACACUCAUCAUGAGACUGGCAAGAUCAUCCAAAAGUACAAGUACUCGGACGUCAAGAUCCACUCAUUCAACCAAAGCCGUUUCCCAAGAAUCCUAAAGGACAACCUGAUGCCAGUCCCCGAGAAGCUGUUUGGGGAUGAUGCCGAGUGGUACCCACCUGGACACGGUGAUGUCUUCUUCUCCCUGCAGAACUCUGGCCUGCUCGACACCCUCAUCAAGGAGGGCAAGGAGUAUCUGUUCAUAUCCAACGUGGAUAAUCUUGGAGCAGUUGUAGAUUUUAAUAUAUUAGACAUGAUGGAGACCAUCGGAUGUGAAUACGUGAUGGAGGUUACCAACAAGACCAGGGCUGAUGUGAAGGGAGGCACGCUGAUCGAGUAUGAGGGCAAGGCCAAGUUGUUGGAGAUUGCCCAGGUGCCAUCAUCCAAGGUCGAGGAGUUCAAGUCGAUCAAGAAGUUUAAGAUUUUCAACACCAACAACAUCUGGGUCAACCUAAAGGCCAUCGACCGUGUCUUGAAGGCCAACCAACUCGAUGACAUGGACAUCAUCAUCAACCCAAAGGUUGCUGACGGUAAGUCCAUCCUUCAGUUGGAGAUUGCCGCCGGAGCCGCCAUUGAAUUCUUCAACAACGCACGUGGAGUCAAUGUGCCACGUUCUCGUUUCCUGCCCGUAAAGUCCACCUCUGACCUCUUCAUCGUUCAGUCCAACCUGUACUCCCUGGAGAACGGUAUGCUCGUGAUGAACAAGAACCGUCCAUUCACUUCGGUUCCACUGGUGAAGCUAGGUGACAACUUCAAGAAGGUGUCUGACUAUCAGGCCAGAAUCAAGGGCAUUCCCGACAUUCUCGAGUUGGACCAGUUGACAGUGUCUGGUGAUGUGACGUUUGGAACGGGCAUUGUGCUCAAGGGUACCGUCAUCAUCGUGGCCAACCAUGGAUCGAGAAUCGAUGUUCCCGAGGGUUCUGUAUUUGAGAACAAGGUCGUCUCUGGAAACCUGCGCAUUCUGGAUCAAUAG